UCACGUGAUACGACUGUCCAUCAUGGACGACGAUGUUGUUAAAUAUUAUUCUUGUUUAUCUCCAGUUCUCGCAUGUUUCUGUUUGUCUGUUAUUUACGUAGCUAGUUUGUACAUAUGGAGUUCUCCACAUAACAGGUGCGAACGUUAUUUGAAUUUUAUUUUUAUUAAUAUCCUUGGUACUUACAGUAUUUACAAGUUUACGUACCGGCACAGUUGCCAAAUUUCAUUCAUUACAGGCUCAAAAUAUCCUUGUGAAAUUUCGUUGAUAAAUUUGUUAUAUAUUAUUGGCUGUUAUUCACCAAGUUCAUUUGGUUGUUUUAAGAGAAUAUGAUGUAUUUUAUGUUAUAGAGAUCAUCCAUCAACAAUUAAACGACGGUUUUUAAGUGUGUUUAUAGUGAUGCUAAUAUCACCGGUAUUUUUGUACCUCUUCCUAGGAGAAAAACGCCAAAACGCCGGCCUGGGACACGUGCUGGGGCUGAAGGCGACGGGGCUGGUCCCUGCAGUCGCAGUGUCGCUGCUGCUCACCGCGGUGCUGUUCCUCGGCCCGCUGUGCGCUCAGGGCCUGGCCGGCCUCCGCAGACUCUGCACGGAGCCGCUCGUGCAGGCAGCCAACUUGCAGAACCUGAUUUGGCUGCGUAACCACGUGGUGGCGCCCCUGUCGGAGGAGUUCACGUUUCGUGCCUGCAUGCUGCCCCUCCUGCUUCAGUGCUUCCGGCCCAUGACCGCGGUGUUCGUCUGCCCGCUGUUCUUCGGCGUGGCCCAUUUCCAUCAUAUGGUUGAAAGGAUGAAGAAUGGUCUGGACUUUCGAAGAGCACUGAUUGUCUCAUGCUUUCAGUUCAUGUACACAACUAUGUUUGGUGCUUACUCUGCAUUCCUGUUUGUGAGGACAGGUCACUUCGCGGCACCGCUCACGGCCCACAUCUUUUGCAACCACAUGGGGUUCCCGGAUUUCGCGGAGAUCCUGACGUACAAGGACCCCCGGAGGGCCUGCCUCGUGUGCCUGUUCGUGUUGGGCCUGGCGGCGUGGUGCCUCCUGCUGGUGCCGCUCACGAACCCGGCCUGGUUCGGGAACCAGCUCCACUGGAGGAAGUAGUGCAGCCUUCGUACGUACGUACACACACUCUCGAGGUUCCCGUGUCUCCAGCGCGGUCCACCAGACAUGCUUGAAAUGUGCGUUAAUCAUCUACUUAGGGGCUACGUACCUUCAUACGCGGAUGGUUCUGUGAACACGAAUCGCAGCCAGUUGCUCAGUUUGCACACUUCGCGGCAAGAAGCAACCCAUCAUUGUAAGCUGGUUUACCAGAAAUGUUUGAAGGGGUAAAAAAAUUUCACGAACUUAAAGUAUGUCUUCGCUUAGCAAACAUUUCAGUAACUUUAUAGUAAGGUCAAGAAACUGUUUGUUUUCAAGUACGUAUAUUAUGUACGUAUUUAGUGUAAUUCUAUCAUUAUUCUAAAAUGUUUUGGAUACUUCCUUUUGUACUAUGAAACAAGUGUAACCAACUACGUUCUAUAACCCCUGGAUGGAGCCUACAGCAGUUAGAAAGUCUGGUUUGUGUAUUCAGGCGGUUCUAUUUUUGUGCGAUGGUGCUGCUAUCUCAAGAAUUUUUGCCAUAAAAAUUGUACCAGUGGAUGUGAAACGUGCUCUAGAAUGUGUUGGAACAAAAAAAAAGUCAAUUUUGUUAAAAAUGUAAGUUAGGCUGAAUUGUUUGCUAAGUGAUGAUAUAUGUAGUCCACUUCAUGUAGAGGUAGGACUUCCCGAUAUGUUAACUGAAACGGACUUGCCAUUUUUUGAAAAAUGUCCCCAAAUACACGUGCCGAUAUUGUUAACAAUGUGAUGCUACUCUAUAAAAACAGAGCAAGGAGAGAAGAAGUGUUUGCUGUUAAGACUGAAGUUUAUUUUGCUGAAUACUGCCACACAAAUUGGUACCUGUCCUUCGAAGUUGGAAUCACAUUUUAAGGGCUGGAAUGCAACAAAAAGUAUGUAAAAACAUUGCAUGCGCACAGUUAGAAGUACCCGUCUGUAAAGUGCCCAUCCUAGAAGAAUGCAACGUCAGCAUGCAAGAAGUGGUGAUAAGACACUAGCGUUAUCUGCAGUCCAAAUCGUAAUGUUGCUCUAAGUAGAGUUCAGUUUAACCAAACUCUCGCUUAGAGCACCUAGACCGUGUGCAAAUUUAAUCAAAACAAAAUAAUUAAUUUUUAUAUUACUAACUUUCAGUCAUUCAUUGCAUAAUUGUAACUCAGUUUGUCACAAGAAUUAAUAGUGUUUGGUUUGUGGUUGCAAAAGAUCUUGGAAUCUAAUUUAGAAGAUGUUUUACUUGAGUAAAACUUUAAUGGGUGUUUGUGAGUAGUUUUGUAGUAGAAAUAAAUUUUUAUACAUAAAUAAAUAUUACAUAGUCCCGUAAGUAUCAUCAACAAAUAAAUUUGUAGUAUUUAUUAUCUUUGUAAUGAAAACUUAUUACCACCACUGUUAUAACAAUUAUUCCUUAUACACCCCUAUAAAGUUUCUGUAUAGCAGAAAUUUGUUAUUCUGUUAUUAUAUAGAAAAUUUGUGAAUGUCUUAAUAAGCAAAUUUUAUUGUUAUUAAAGAACGUUCUUACGAGUUUCAGAUAUAACAACCAUUGUUUUAUAUCAUGAAAUACUGCAUCACAACUCAUGUGUUAAAAAGAAAAUAAGAGUAAAAAAGAUAAAGACUGUUAAAAUGAAUGAAAUUUUUUGCUGUGUUUGCAAUAUUUCAAAAUCUGUGGUUGAUAAUAAUAACUGUUUUUUUUUUUUUUUUUGCAUAUUUUAGUACAUUCUUUUUUAAUUUCUAUAAAUUUUCCCAAUGAAAUUCAUCCAAACCAAAAUAAAAAAAUUAGUUAAAUGAAUAUUUGAAUGCUUAACGAACAUUGAUAUGGUAUAAUUGAAAUUAUAGUAUUGGUAAGGAGUCAGAUAUGUUCUUCUCAAAGUGAUACUACCUCAGUAAUAAUACAACCUCCAUUGUAAGAGACUCUUACGCAGGAGACAACAUUGACUGUAAGGUGAAAUGAAAUUUUAUAUACCCUUUUUCUAUAAGUUAUUGAUGAGUUUACCAUUUCGCAAAUACAUAAUUUGCAUUACCUUUCCAUGGUAUUCAAACAGAACGCAAUAAUUCUCAAUGUUCCAGAAAACAUUUUCCUUAAUAGGUGAACCUUAAUGAAGAAUAUUCAUUUUUAUUUUUAAAUUCAUGUCAGUUAUAUUAAUAUUGUUUCAUCUUGGUUGUGUUAAAAAGAUAGCUAGCUGUAUUUGCACAGUUCUAUAAACUUUUUGUGUUGGUUGCAAAUUUUGCAUUAAUUUACUUAUUGCUGAUUGUAGUGUGUUACGGUUGUUGUUUUCGUUUUAAUCAGAUUCUUGCCAUAAAUGAUAAUUUUGUGUGAGUGCAAUUUAUUGCCAGUGUCAUCAAAAUGAUAAAAAUAUGUAAAUUUUGCCUUACUACAGUGUAUGUUGCACAAGUUUUGUUUGCAGGUAAGUGGGGAAAAAAAAACAGCGUGAAAAUAAAUGAAAUGUGUUCGUUACUCUAUGUUUGGGUCACAGAGUUAAGUGAACUUUUUCAGAAUGAUUUGUUUUAUUUUUCAUGCCAGUAUUAUACCACAUCUGAUGCUUAUUCUGUCAAUUAAGCAUGUACGGUACAUGAAUUAGGUUGAUGCCUGCCUAGACAAAAACAUAUUGAGUGAUAUGUGUACGUGUGUAACAUGUAUAAUCUUGAGUUCAUUUUAAACACACAAAACAUUCAAAGUUAGGGUACAGUUGAUUCAUUUUAAUCGGAACACUUGAACUCACCUUUGGAAAAAUAUCUCUUCUCAAAAACACUGUAAUAUUUAAAUUUCUUUCAUGUUUCAACUUCAUAUUGCCUGAUAAAAAAAAAAAAAAGCUUUAUAAGAGCUUACUAUACCACAGAAAACUACAGUAUCUAGUAUACACAGUCAUUUUUCAUUAAAAGUCAUACUUAAUAGUAGAUGAUGCACUGAUACUAAAAACUGUUUAGUAUAUCAGCAGUCACAUCAUAUACGUUAAUAUGUUGAACUACCAUAGCACUGGAGUCGUUGCACGUACAAUACGUAUAAUGCUUGCUUAAAUUAGGUCGGUCGGUACCAGAUGGUCUCUACGUUCAUCUGUGAUAGAAAUGAGUUCUCAUAAAACAAGACCACUGAACAAAAUUACAUCAUCAGUAGUUUGUAGUUAGUUCAAAUACUUAAAAUAGUUUUUUUUUUGCUCUGAAUUUAUGCAGUCAAUAAGGAUUAUUUAGAGAUAGUACAACACUGCUUACAGGUUACUCAGUCCUUUUUACUGUGGAUCAAGCCAAAGUGUCACGCACAAACUGGUAAACUGCUAUUUUCAUGCAGCCAGAACUUUUUAUUUUUUUUUAAUCUGGAAAUACUGAUGCCAUGAUGUAGUAUUUUCAUUUGUUUUAUAAGGAGUGCUGUGAUUAUAAAUUUGUAAAUGUUUAUUGGUUUUGUGUUGUAGUUUAUUUAUUUCUGUAUUAUUAUUACAGUUAAUCACGUUAUACUUAUAUUGUACUGCUGUAUGUACAAAAUUGUUUGUGGUGCUGAAGAGUGUACUUAUUGUAGAGUAUAGUAAUAUUUAUAUAUUACUUUUUUUUUGUUUUUUGGUGAAAAUAUCAAAGGCAGUUGUAUAAUUUUAUUUUAUGUUUUAGAAAUUCAAAUUUAAUGUUACUUGUGUUAGUUAUCACAAAAAAAAAAAAACCAUUUUUUCGGAGAUCGGAGGAUUGGCAUAUUAUUGUCCAGAAAAAAUGUGUGAUCUGAAUGAACAAUUAGUGCACAGGGAGACAUAAAUCAAAGAAAUUAUCUUCUCUGUGAAAGGUAGUUGUUAGUUUUUAUAUAUUUGAAAGAACAAUAAACUUUACAUUUAAGAUUUUUCGCUUCAAUCAAACAUUCUUGUGAUAUGUACGAAACUAUGUGCACAAAGUUUGAUUGUUUAUCAACUUCUGUGGCUUGACGAGGCAUUCAGGGAGGUCAUAUCCUGCCAUCUUGGAUUUGGUAUAUUUUUUGUUACAAUUUCUAUUUUGAAAUAUAUAUAUAUAUAUCCUAAUUAUUGGCGUGUCAAGGCAUAAACUAUACAUUUCCAAGCUUUCGUACACUGUUGUCUGGUAUUAAUGAACAGACUCUAUGUAGCAGGUGGGAGGAAAUAAUGAUUAAUUGCAGUAAUAGUUAAAUUAGGUUAUAAACAUUGACUUCAUCAAGGGUCGAACGCCAUUUACUGUAGUUUAUGUCUCUCUAUAAAUUAAAAAAAUACAUAUACUGAAGGCUGUGGCAAAUUAUUUAAAACCAAGAUCUCAGGGUAUAACCACUGUUUCUUGCUGUGGAUACUGUUUAAGGUUUAAAGUUGAUGAAGUUUACCAUUUUUACAUUUGUAGCUGCCUAGCAAACGCAAUCUGUAAAUUGUAAGUUUAUAUAAAACCUGUACUACCCCAAUA